CGGAUGCGUCGCAAUGGUUGUCAUCUCAUCCCCAGCCACUCCUAUCUCUGCCGCAACUUAACCCUCUCGAUACCUACCAACUAUGUCUCUCUGGGCCCCCGCUCCCCCGCCGCCGACCGCGCUCGGCCGCCACCGCCGCCUGUCCACGCUCGCCGGCGUGCACGUCUCCCCGAUUUGUCUCGGGGCGAUGAGCAUCGGCGAUAAGUGGUCGGGGCCGAUGGGCGAGUCCAGCAAGGAGAGCUGCUUCAAGCUGCUCGAUGCGUUCUACGACGCCGGCGGCAACUUCAUCGAUACCGCGAACAACUACCAGGACGAGACCUCGGAGGAGUUCCUCGGGGAGUGGAUGGAGACGCGCGGCAUUCGCGACCAGAUCGUGAUCGCCACGAAGUACUCGUCUGACUACAAGAGAGGGCGGGACGACAUCAAGCAGCACAGUGCUUACGUUGGAAACAACAUGAAGUCGCUGCACAUCUCGGUCGAGCAGUCGCUCAAGAAGCUACGCACCUCGUACAUCGACAUCCUCUACGUUCAUUGGUGGGACUACAACACCAGCAUUGAAGAGCUGAUGAACGGCCUGCACGCCUUGGUUCAGGCGGGCAAGGUCCUAUAUCUCGGAAUCUCUGACACUCCCGCGUGGGUCGUCUCCAGCGCGAAUCGCUACGCGCGUAUGAGCAACCAGACGCCGUUCUGCGUCUACCAAGGCGCCUGGAACGUCCUGCAGCGCGACUUCGAGCGCGAGAUCAUCCCGAUGGCACGUGCUGAGGGCAUGGCGCUCGCGCCCUGGAACGUCCUCGCCGCCGGCAAGAUCAGGUCAGACGCGGAGGAGCAGCGCCGCCGCGAGACCGGCGAGAAGGGCCGGACGAUGCUUGACCCCAACUGGGAGCGCAACGAGACGGAGCGCAAGGUCACGACGGUGCUCGAACAGGUGGCUGCGCAGGUCGGCGCGUCGAACAUCCAAGCCGUGGCAAUCGCAUACCUCCUGCAGAAGACCCCGUACGUCUUCCCCAUCGUCGGUGGGCGUAAGGUAGAGCACCUGCACGCGAACAUCGAGGCGCUCAGCGUCGUGCUCGCGCCCGAGCACAUCAAGCAGAUUGAGGGUGUGGUGCCCUUCGACGUCGGCUUCCCUGGAAACAUGAUCGGCGACGGAACCGACUACUGGUUCGGCUUCAAGGCCGCUGGCAACUUCGACCCGUGGCCGCUCCAGCAGGCGAUUCGUCCAGAAUCGUCCAAGUAGGGUGGUCUCGCAGUGUACCCAAUAGACAAACAGCAUGUCGUGAAUCAAUAACGUUGUC